AUGUCUUCAAAGGACGCUUUGCAAGUUAAAUGUGAAGAUUUUUUUUUCUCAACCGACGACACUUUACAAGAAAAUUGCGAAGAAUUUAUGUCAAUCGAAGACACGUUGCAAGUUAAUUGCGAAGAAUUCAUGUCAACUGAAUACGCUUCACAAGUUGAAUGUGAAGAAAUUACGACAAAUCAAGAUAAUUUAAAAGUUAGAACUAAUGAACCUGUUAUAAAACGUAAAAAAUCCGGUUUAAAAUACAUUCCUGCAGUUGACUUGCACAUGCAUAGAUUUAAAUCAGCAAAAGACCUCGUCAUAAAUACGAUCAAGAACUCUUAUUCUGCCGAUAUAUCGAGUGUAAGAUUCAUUACGGGACGAGGAAAUCAUGUAAAUUCAAAUGGUGAACGAGGAGUUCUUUUUCAAAAUUUUCCAACAAUGAUAUCAUCCGGAGGAGUUAGUCGUUUAAUCAAAGGUUAUAUAAAACAUGAUGGCUCAUUUACGGUCCUACUUAAAUCACCAAAUGAAUUAACGUCACAUGAUAUAGAUACGAUUAAAAAGGCCGCUUUAAAUGAUGAUGUCGAGGCUCAAUUCACCUUAGGAUUAAUGUACAUUAAUGGAAGUGUUGAGAAAGAUGUUCAAGAAGCCUUAAGAUGGUUGGAAAAAUCAGCAAAUAAAGGUGAUAUCAAGUCCCAAUUAUUAAUCGGACAACUAUAUUUCGAUGGAGCCGAAGUAGAUAUAAAUAUAAAAGAUGAACAAGCGUUUAAAUGGUUUAGCAAAGCGGCUGAACAAGGAGAUAUUAACGCUCAAUUAAUAGUUGGAUAUUUAUUAUACGAAGGAAGGGGUACCACUAUAAAUAAAAAGGAAGCUUUGAAAUGGUUUGAGAAAGCUACCGAACAGAGUGGUAUUAAUUUUCAUUUAAGCAUUGGACGCUUAUUAUAUGAAGGAAAAGGUAUCACAAAAAAUGAUAAAGAAGCUUUUAAAUGGUUUAUGAAAGCAGCUAAACAAGAUGAUAUUGAGGUUCCAUUCAUUCUCGGAUCAAUGUAUUUAUAUGGGGAAGGAGUUGAAAAAGAUGUUCAAAAGGCUUUAAGUUGGCUAAUAAAAUCGGCAGAGAAUGGAUAUAUUAAAUCUCAGUUACUUCUUGGACGAAUAUAUUCUGAUGAGUUUGGAAAGUACAUCAAGAAAAAGGUUUCAAAAGAUAAGAAAGCUUUUAAAUGGUUUAAUAAAGCGGCCGAACAAGGAGACGUUUACGCUCAAUUAAUGGUCGGACAUUUAUUGUAUCAAGGAAAGGGUGUCACUAAAAAUUAUGAAGAGGCUUUUAAAUGGUUUGAAAAAUCAGCCGAACAAGGUGACGUUAACGCUCAAUUAAGUGUUGGACGUUUAUUAUGUGAAGGGAAAGGAGUCACUAAAAACGUUGAAGCAGCUUUCAAAUGGAUUAGUAAAGCGACUGAACAAGAUGAUAUUGAGGCCCAAUUCAUUCUCGGAUCAAUGUAUUUCCAUGGUGAAGGGGUUGAAAAAGAUGUUCAAAAGGCUUUAAAAUGGUUAAUAAAAUCAGCAGAAAAGGGAUAUAUUAAAUCCCAAUUACUUGUUGGACGAAUAUAUUCUGAGAAUGAAAUUAACUCCAAGCAAAAGGAUAGAAAAAAAGCUUUUAAAUGGUUUAGUAAAGCGGCCGAACAAGGAGAUAUUAACGCUCAAUUAAUGAUUGGACAUUUAAUAUAUGAAGGAAAGGGUGUUGUUAAAAAUGAUGAAGAAGCUUUUAAAUGGUUUGAAAAGGCGGCUGAACGAGGUGACGUUAACGCCCAAUUGUGCGUUGGACGAUUAUUAUAUGAAGGAAAUGGUGGUAUUAUGAAAAAUGAAAAUAAAGCGUUUAAAUGGUUUAAACAAGCGGCCGAGCAUGAUAAUGUUGAUGCUCAAUUAAUCGUUGGAAAUCUAUUAUAUGAAGGAAAAGUCGUUGCUAAAAAUCAUACAGAAUCCUUUAUUUGGUUUGAGAAAGCUGCUAAUAAUGAAAAUGUUGAAGCUCAAAUUAUUAUUAGUAAAAUGUAUACAAAUGGUGAAGGGGUUAAGAAAAGUGAUGAAAAAGCGUUUAAAUGGAUCAAGAAGGCUGCCGACCAAGACAAUUUAGAUGCACAAUUUAUUCUUGGACAAAUGUAUGUUAAAGGUAAAGGAACGAAUAGAGAUGUCAAAAUGGCUCUAGAAUUGUUUGAAAGUGCUGCUAAGAGAGGACAUCUUGAAGCUGGCAUUAUUUCUGAGAUUUCAAAACUUGUAAAAUAA